AUGGGGCUGGACCCCACAAUCCUAGCCUUUGGGUUUUACAGCUUAUUGAGCUAUAUAACUAUAAAAUUAAUUGUAAAAACUGAAAAAAUUCCAGGUUAUCUAUACAUAUUGGAGCAGACAUAUCCUGGUUCAGUUUUAAAAUUAGAAAGGACGGAAUGUGAUAAAUUCUUAUAUGCAUUUGUUGCAUUAGAAGCAUGUAUUAGAGGUUGGGAGUAUUGUAGGCCAAUUGUAGUUGUUGAUGGGGCAGCUUUGAGAGACGCAUAUGGUGGUACAAUGUUGACUACAAGCACUAUGGAUCCAGGAGGUCACAUACUUCCACUUGCUUAUGCCAUAGUGGAUUCUGAGAAUGAUGCAUCAUGGACCUGGUUCUUUGAACAGUUUAGGGAAGCAUAUGGAGAAAGGGAAAACAUGUGUUUUAUGUCAGAUAGAAACGAGAGCAUAUGGAAAGGGACUGCAAGAAACUUCGAUAGGAAUACUGAAGAUUUGAAGAAGCUAUUUUUUACAAUGGCAAAGGCUUAUACAAUACAACAAUUUGAGGCGAUUAUGCAAAGAAUAGAACAGAUAGAUCCAAGAAUAAGAGAUUAUUUAUAUGAUAUCGGGUAUAGCAAGUGGUCAAGGGCGUAUUCAAAAUGUAAGCGAACAUGGACCAUGACUUCAAACAUAGCCGAAUCUUUGAAUAAUGUUAACAGGAUAGCAAGGAGGUUGCCAGUGAUUUCACUUCUUGAAUUUAUGAGGGUAACAGUUCAAAGAUGGAUUCAUAAGCACAAUGAGGAGGCUGCAAAAACUAGAUCAGAGCUUACAAAAAAAUAUGAUCUUGUGCUCCAUAAAAGUAUUGCUUUGUCUAGCAGUAUGAGGGUAAUACCAUCAACAGUUGAUAUGCAUGCUGUUGUUGAUGGACCAAAGCGCCUGAAGAAUUUUCAAGAUACAUAUGCCAUCUCUGUUGAACCUCUCCCAUGCGAGAGUACAUGGGAUAUACCAAGUUAUGUUUCAGAGCCUAAAUUGAUGCCGCCUGGUCCAAAGAGAGCAGCAGGAAGACCACAACUGGAAUGCUGGAAAGGGUUUGCUGAUAUGAUAUCUGACUGGAAUUAA